AUGCAUGUCGACAACAAAGAGGGCAUCACGUUGCAUGGAGAAAUGAACAUCAACAAAGGGCUACCACAAUUCUACACAUGCCACAAAGUAUUUCACCAUUUAUUAAGACUUGCUGAAGGAUUUAUACAGCAUGCCAAAAUUCUAUCUUGUCGAAAGCCCAGCCCCUUGGCCUCACCAAAUUCUAUCUUGCCGAAGAGACCAUCUCGCCUGGCUUUUAUUGGGGAAUGCAUGCUGACCAAUAUCUGCCACGAAUCAGCACUACUCAUUGACUGCAAGCAACGCAUCCUAGGCCUCAAUGCUCACCCAGCCACCAAAUCUGAUCAAGGCACCCCGCCUCCUAAGCCUAAGUACGCACUUGCGGAAUGGCCCAGCCUCACAAUGGCUCGGCUCCACGAAACUUCAUAA